UCAUUGUACUUUAAAGUGAUUGCCCCAGAUAUUUCACCAGCUUAGCACUGUAAAAUCAGUUUCAGACACAAGAGACCGACAAGCUCUCUCUAGGAAAUACUCAAUUAGGGUGGUGCCUCUGAAAUACCCAGGGGUCCUGUAACUGAUCGCUUUUUCCCAGAGGGUUUCUGCAGCAUACAGUCCUGGUUGGACAGUACACAUCAGGCAGAGAUUUUUCCUGUGGCCUGGCUAGUGACCCCCCUACAGGAAGAUAACGGACAAGCCGGGAGGGCGGAGCAGCCAGCUACACAUGUCUGGCUGCUGUUAUCAACUUAUCAUAUAAGGAAAGGAAAGUGAUUGAUUCGGAUCCUGACACCGCAGAAUCUGGGGGAAGAGAGACAAAGGAGCAUUGAGGCUGAUCUGUAAGGCGAAUGCAGCCCUCACGAGGGAGGAUUAUUCUUCCUCCUGCGAUCUGACAGUUUGCUGCGGGACCGGGGAGAAGACGGCACUAGAAAUCAAGGUCACUGCUGGGAAAGGAGGGAAGAGGAGACUUUCACUGAUGGACCCUGAGCCAUGGCCGCAGAGCCCCGUGUCUGAGAGGGCAGCUUAGCGCCCGGGAGUCUCAUGCGCCUUGAAGUUUGCUGAGCUGGUGGUUUAUUACCGACAGAAAGAAAGAAUGUGGCAGCUUGUUUUCUUUACUCUGAGCUGUGAUCUGCUCCUAGCCGCAGCCUAUAGCAACUUUCGGAAGAGCAUGGACAGCAUCGGGAAGAGGCAGUAUCAGGUUCAGCACGGCUCCUGCAGCUACACGUUCCUCCUGCCGGAGAUGGACAACUGCCGCUCGCCCUCCAGCGCCUACGUGCCCAACGCCGUGCAGCGGGAUGCGCCGCUCGACUACGACGACUCCGUGCAGAGGCUCCAGCUGCUGGAGAACAUCAUGGAGAACAACACCCAGUGGCUCAUGAAGCUUGAGAAUUACAUCCAGGACAACAUGAAGAAAGAAAUGGUGGAGAUACAACAGAACGCAGUGCAGAACCAGACCGCUGUGAUGAUAGAAAUAGGAACCAACCUGCUAAAUCAAACCGCAGAGCAGACCCGGAAGUUAACUGAUGUUGAAGCCCAAGUAUUAAAUCAGACAACAAGACUUGAACUUCAGCUUCUGGAACAUUCCCUAUCUACAAACAAAUUGGAAAAACAGAUUUUGGAUCAGACCAGUGAAAUAAACAAACUGCAAGAUAAGAACAGUUUCCUGGAAAAGAAAGUUCUAGACAUGGAAGACAAGCACAUAGUUCAACUUCGGUCAAUCAAAGAAGAGAAAGAUCAGCUCCAGGUGUUGGUAUCCAAGCAAAAUUCCAUCAUUGAAGAGCUAGAAAAACAACUGGUGACGGCCACGGUGAACAACUCAGUUCUCCAAAAGCAGCAACACGACCUGAUGGAGACAGUUCAUAAUUUACUGACUAUGAUAUCGACAUCAAACUCAGCUAAGCACUCCCUCAUUGCUAAGGAAGAACAAAUCAUCUUCAGAGAUUGCGCGGAAGCAUUCAAAUCAGGACUGACCACCAGUGGCAUCUACACACUGACGUUCCCUAACUCCACGGAGGAGAUCAAGGCUUACUGUGACAUGGAAACAGCUGGAGGUGGGUGGACAAUUAUUCAGCGACGUGAAGAUGGCAGUGUUGAUUUUCAGAGGACUUGGAAAGAAUAUAAAGUGGGAUUUGGGAACCCUUCAGGCGAACACUGGCUGGGAAAUGAGUUUGUUUCACAAGUGACUAAUCAGAAACGCUACGUGCUUAAAAUACACCUGAAAGACUGGGAAGGGAAUGAGGCUUACUCGUUGUACGACCAUUUCUAUCUCUCAAGCGAAGAACUCAAUUACAGGAUUCACCUUAAAGGACUCACAGGGACAGCCGGCAAAAUAAGCAGCAUAAGCCAACCAGGAAAUGAUUUUAGCACAAAGGACGCAGACAACGACAAAUGUAUUUGCAAAUGUUCACAAAUGCUCACAGGAGGCUGGUGGUUUGAUGCCUGUGGUCCUUCCAACCUGAACGGAAUGUACUACCCACAGAGGCAGAACACAAAUAAGUUCAAUGGUAUUAAGUGGUACUACUGGAAAGGGUCCGGCUACUCACUCAAGGCCACGACCAUGAUGAUCCGCCCAGCAGAUUUCUAAAUGCCUGCGCACACCUGAGGAACAGUGUCUUCCAGUUUUCAAAGACUUAAUCCCAAAGCUCUGAAAGACACAGCUGCAUGCUGCCUCCCUAUCCAGCUCGGACAGACUGCCCACGCUCCAGACUGAGGGGACCCGCGAGCUCCCAGUUAGAGCCCCAUCAACGUCACCCCUUAAACCCGCAUCACUCAACGAACCGAAGCACAACCCCCAACGAGCCACAGCCUGGCAUGGUGACCUGGUAGAACGCCUACGGGAAGAUAAAUUUAAGCCUGCGAAUGAGACUGACAAUUUACAGGCUCUGUUGUCACAACCAAGAAUGUUAUGUGCGAGUCGAUCAGUAAAUAACUGGAAAACAGAACACUUAUGCCAUAUAGUAGAGAUAACCUUGGAACUGCAUUCUUCUGAGCACUGUUUAUAGACUGUGUAAAUAUCCAUAUGUCCUGAAUUCAGCACCACUAUCAUAAUUAAAAGGAAGGAACAAUUCU